GUUUAGCAUGACCAAAUGUUUUGUUUACUGCCCCCGGUGAAAUGGGUCAGAUGAGCUAACGGGACUCCUACGAUCUCACACGCCUCUGAGGGACCUUGAGUUAGCUUACAAGAAGAUACAGCCAUGGGGAAUACAAGCAGUGAGAGGGCUGCCAUGGGCCAGGGGGAGAAGGCUCAGCGGAGGGACAGCCGAGGCACCAAGGAUGGAGGGGGGCCAAAAAUCCUCAUGGACAGCCCUGAGGAUGCAGAUAUUUUUCAUGGUGAAGACAUGAAAGCUCCUUUAGAGAAAGAGGAGUUCCUCGCAUGGCAGCAAGACUUGGAGGCAGAUGACAAAGGGCCAACUCUGGACAGACCAACAGUCUUCCGCUGGACUGGAGAUGGAAAGGAGGUCUACCUCUCUGGAUCCUUCAACAACUGGGCCAACAAGAUCCCUCUUAUUAGAAGUCAGAACACCUUUGUGGCCAUUGUUGAUCUACCUGAAGGGGAACAUCAGUACAAGUUUUAUGUGGACGGGCAGUGGACCCACGACCCAGCUGAGCCAGUAGUAACCAGUCAGCUUGGGACAGUCAACAAUAUCAUCCAGGUGAAGAAAACAGACUUUGAGGUGUUUGACGCUCUAAUGGUGGACUCACAGAAAUGCUCUGACAUGUCAGACCUCUCCAGCUCUCCUCCGGGGCCGUAUCAUCAAGAUGCCUAUGUUCCUAAACAGGAAGAGAAGUUUAAGUCUCCGCCCAUACUCCCUCCACACUUGCUACAGGUCAUCCUUAACAAAGACACUGGAAUUUCUUGUGACCCUGCGUUACUCCCAGAACCCAACCACGUCAUGCUCAACCACCUUUAUGCUCUUUCCAUCAAGGAUGGAGUGAUGGUGCUCAGUGCAACACAUCGCUACAAGAAGAAGUAUGUCACCACCUUACUGUAUAAGCCCAUCUGACUGAAGUCUUUUCAAUCCUGUCUGAGUGUGUUAACUGUACACUGAGUGUACAAAAUAUUAGCUCCACUUGUUCUUUCCAUAAUGCUGAGUGUGCAGGUGAAACCAGGACACAUCACCUGGAUGAGAAUCUUAGAUGAAGCUCAAGAGCUCCGAGAUUAUAUCUUGUACACUCAUUGUAUAUCCAGUUAUUGUACACAUCUAUUUAGGACGAUAAAUGUCACUCAGUCACUCCAAUCCUACAUAAUCUGCCUUUAUUUGUUCACCGAUUGCCCUCUGUAGUUUUCUCCAACACUAUCUUUGCUUAGUAGACAUAGAGAGGCAGUAAUAAGGUUGGACUCCAUGGCACGUCUGUGUUCAAAACAGACAGAUGUAAUGACGCGAACUGGUAAAGCUGGGGAAAUCUGACGGAAAGUCCUCAGGUACAUGAGGCUGCUGGAGUGAUUCCCACGAUUAGGAAAACAACAGCGGUACAAUCGAGGAUGUGAAUGUUGAGGUCAAUGAUGGAAUAAAUGCACUGCGGUAGUUUUCCACUGAUUUCAUUCACCUAUUCAUCCUGAGUUUUAUUUAGUGGUGAUGACAAAGCACACAGUAGAUAUUUUCUAUCAUUUGUGAAGUAUUUAGAUUUUUUAAAUUUUUAAAAAAUAUAUACGCUUUUGUUGAUGAUGUGGUUUGUUUUGUCGUUCAAAACUCAUGUUUUAUAGUUAGUUGCAGUGUUGUGGUAGACUGAGAAGGAGCAGAUUUUUAGUUUAAAACAAAACCGUAAUUAUAUCUUUUUGACAAAUUAAUGUGGUCUAAACUUUAUAAUUACAUUAUUAGUUUUGCACUACAAGAAAAGUUUAUUUUUAAUGUAGAUUCAUCUGUACAUAGAUGCAGUGUAUGUACUGUUAAAGCAUAAUAAUUUAGAAGAGGAAUGAUGCUCAGUCUUUAAAACAUAAAUUUCCUUUUUUCAUACAAUACAUUCCAAAAAUUAAGUCACAUCAGACAUUUGUUCCCCGCUGGCAUAUUCAAUGUAGCAUCAUUGGCAUGUGCCAUUAAACAUUGCCAAUCUUUAGCAGCAGUGCCAGUGUCAGAUGAUGGACAAAAAAAGACAUGUACAGUGGAAACUGCAUAUAGCAAUCACAGUUAUGUGGAUCAAAACUCUUGGGACAGAAUGAUUCCAAUACAAAUGUUGUUGAAAUACGAGUUUAUUUUAUGUCUUUUUAAACAUAACACAUAUGGGAAAAAAAUACUAGCUAUAUUUUUUAACUUAACUCGCACCAUGCAGUACGCAGUCUGCUUCCAGCUGCCAAACUGAGGACAGUUCUACGUGCACAUCGAAAUGAUGACAGGAUAAAGAAAGUAAAAAUUCCCUCAAUGAAAAACAUUGUCUCCUCAAAGCCUUUGGCUGCUGGAGAUGGAGACAGAAAGCAAAUGUGAAUGUGGAAAGUUUCUGUGGUUGAAGCUGCCCUCGUCAGGUGGAUUGAUAAUGACCAGUUACAUAACGCCCCCUCGAGCGAGCCCCUCGUGAGGAAAAAAUGGCAGAAAAUUAAGUUUCCAUAGGCGGGUUUGAGUGAUAAAAAGGCUGACAUGGUAAAUAAUUAGAAAAAAAGGGAAGCUGUGUGUACAAAUAUUGAUUAUAUUGGAAUCUGCAUGAGAAAUAGUGACUGCUUUUCAUGAUCAGUUUGACCCAGACAGACAUGAUCACUAUAAGUAGUUUCCACAGUAAUAGGAAUCAAAUUAUUAAAGAUAUUUGACAAUGAAACAAAACAGUAGAUCAGAGAAGGUCAUGUGACCAACACUCACUUGAAGAACCACAACACUGAUAAAGGGACCAGUUGCACUGUUUAAAGAUUUUAUUCUAAAUUUUAUUUUUAUUUUUUUACAGUUGACAUGUUUAUUAGUGGUCUGUAUGCAUUUCAUGAAUUCUGAAGGACUUGUUUUGGAUUUGUUUUAAUUUAAUGAUAUGACAUCAAUGUAUCAUUGUCACGUAUGGUAUGUUGGUAUAAAUGCUGUUAACAAUUGAAACCUUGAUAUUUAUUAUUUUGUUUUCUAGGCCAGUAGACGCUGACAAUCUCCUCAGUAAAGGUCACAUUUGUUUGGGUUUCCUCUGCUGUUGUUUCAGAGCUGACAUAGUCAUAAUUUAUUGAUGCAAAAAUGCAAGACUUUAAAAUUACUUGCAGUAUCAUUCGAAGUGUUGUUGACCCCUUGAACCAUGCUGGUGUGCACAUUUUCCAUUUUGAGACAUUUGUAUUAAAGAUUUAGUUAAACAUA